AUGGACGACGGUGAGGCAGGGAACGAGCGGAGCCUGGGAACAUGCGGAGGUCGUGGCCACCACCGACCCGAUCUCCUCCAUCUUGCCUCGCACGUAGCUGCCUCCUGCUCUCCUCGCCGUUGUCCAUCUACUCGACGCUCGGCCUGGUGGUCGUCGAAGCACGCGGCAAAACCUUGGAAGAGCUCCUGGCCCUGCUUGGCGCCUCAUCCGCCCACGAGGAUCGCCCAGUUCGUGAGCGGCCUCGCCUCCGACCCAUCCUGCUCGGAAGGGCCCGUCACCACCUACGCCUAUGGAACUCACGCCAGCCUACCCACACACCGUCGCACAGUCAACUUCGCCGAGGAAGAAAUAUUUGUUGCACAAUGUCAUGAGCAACAGCGGAGUGGUGACCAUCGCUUCGCCAAGGGCUUCUCUGCAGCCAUCGAGGGUCAGUAUGUAGACGGGGAUGCCAACAACGAGAUGGCUGAUAGGAGUGGUGCCAGCAAUGGCGAGGACGUCGACCGACAACAACAGCAUCCCCCUCUCCCAUCAGCGGCUAUGCCACAAUGCUACUCGAGUACUAAGCCAAUAUUGGACAACAUUGAUACAAUCAGGAAGCAGCUAACAUGAAUAUGUGCAUAUGUGUCGGUGCUACUACUGAAGCGGGCAAUGAAACUAAAGGGUGCAUGUUUUGUUCUUUUUUUAUGCUGACGAAGCACUGAAUGAUAUUCUAUGAAGGUCUGUAAAUUUC